GCAGCUAACUCGGUGUUUGGGGGGAAAAUAAAUAAACCUGGGGGGACUGGAGUGGGGGAGAGAGGGCAUCGUGCGAACAGUAGAGUCCGGGGAGCCGGGCCUGCGAUUAAAGAGGCCGCUCAGGCGGCGCUGGCCCCGGGGAUCGCAGCGGCAGGAUGCCCGGCUUCACCUGCUGCGUGCCCGGCUGCUACAACAACUCGCACCGGGACCGGGAGCUCCGCUUCUACACUUUCCCCAAGGAUGAGGAGCAGCGCCGGCUCUGGCUCCAGAACAUCUCCCGCACCGGAGUAACGGGCUGCUUCAGCACCUUCUACCCCACCACCGGACACCGGGUGUGCAGCGCCCACUUCCCCGGCGGCAGGAAGACCUACUCAGUCAAGGUCCCUACCAUCUUCCCGCUCCGAGGGGUCAACGAGAGGAAGAUCAGGCGCUCCCGCAAGAAGCUGCCGGCCGCCAGCGCCGCCGGACAAGAGGACGUCAAGCCCAUCGACCUGUCCGGACCCUACUUCUUCUCGUCCUCGUCCUCCUCAUCGUCGCCCUCCCUCCCGGCCGCCGCCACCGCCGCCGCCGCCGUCCCUCGCCCCGAGGCUCCCGAGUGCCUGGAUCACUCCUACUCGCUCUCCUCCACCACCACCUCCGAGGAGCUGCUCAGGAAACUCAACGAGCAGAAGGACAUUAUCGCCCUGAUGGAGGUGAAGAUCAAGGAGAUGAAAGGCACCAUCCGGCAACUGAAGGUCAGCGAGGCCAUCCUGCGGGAGGAGUUGAGGAACAAGGAGAAAUUACUGUCCAUGUCUGUCAUCAGGAAGAAACAUGGAAUGUGAUGCCUAUUUUAUAAAUAUACUGUAUUAUAUAUAUAUAUAUUACACGAACACUUCGCAGCUACUGGACCCGCGGAAAGAGAGAAUUUAACAAAAACAGAAAGACAAAUACGACGAUCAUGUGCCGGUGUGGCACGGGAUGUUAGGACUUUUCGUGUGAUAUUUCAGAUGUGAUAAAAUAGUGUGACACCACUUGCUUCAUUUUUCUGUGUGCGCGCACAUCCCAGAUGACAUGCAUCCCUCGUUACCGGUUGUUUCACGCGACAGGUCAGAUUUGAGGCAUAUUCUGCAUGUUGCAGUGCUGAAGUUAACUUUUAGGAAGUAGUGCAGCAACAAGGUACUGAAAAACGUUCAUUUUCCACCCGAGCAUCAGUCUUAGAAACCAAGUUUAUCACGACAAUGUGACGAUCAUUUGCUAUCCAAUAUAUUCUUCUUAUGAAUCAAUGUUUAUGUUUUAUUAUAAUGAUGCUAUCAAUUUAGUAGUUCCCCAUUAUUUUGUAUAU